AUGAUUACUCCACCCAUUCUCAGACCUGAUACAGUGAAGAGGAGUUUACACUCUUCUUUUGCUAAUUCAAAGAAACAGGGCAAAGUUCAGAUUACUAUGGAUGAUAUUGCAGAUGAAAUUUCCUACUGGAGCUCAGCUACCGUCUGUUACGUCCUGGGAGCCAAUCCACCUCUCUCGGUGCUGGAGGGAUUUGCUAGGCGCAUUUGGAAGGGCAAGGUGGACAAAGUAGGUAUGAUUUCAUAUGGAAUUUUCUUAAUUCGAUUUACAAGUAUUGCUGAAAGAGAUGAGAUAUUGGCUGGGGGAUACAUAUUUUUUAAUAAGAGGCCUGUCAUUAUGAAGGCUUGGGAUCCAAAUCUCAAUCUAAAGAAGGAGGAUAUUAGGAUUGUGCCUAUAUGGAUUCAGCUAGAAGAUCUAGAAUUGAAAUAUUGGGGGCAAAAAUCUUUGUUUAAGAUAGUGGGGCAACUAGGAAAACCAAUUAUGGAAGAUGCAAUAACAAAAGAAAGGGAUAAGCUUACUUUUCCUAGAGUGCUAAUAGAAGUAUCAAUGCAGCAAGAGUUCCCUGAUUUGAUUUAUUUUGAUAAUGAGCAUGGUAAUGAGGUUUCGGUGGCAGUCAAAUAUGAGUGGAAACCCAUAGUUUGCAAGCAUUGUCAAGGCAUGGGGCAUGCUUCAGAGGACUGUAGAAGGAAAGAGGGGAAGAGGCAAGAAUGGGUAGUAAAAGAUAAGAGUAAGACAAGUGAAAUGGGAGCUAAAUUGCAGAAGCAUAAUGGUGAUUUUCAACCAGUGACAAAAGGUUGGAAACCAAAAAAUAAAGAGGCUGUACCUGAUACGCAUUUAUCUAACACUUUUAAAGCUCUUGAGCUGAAUGAUGAUAAUGCAGAAAUGGAAGAGCAAAAAGAGUUGAACCAAGAUGUGUCAAGCAAAGGAGGGGGGGGAGAGCCUCCUCUUCUUAAUGGAUAA